UCCCCUCUCACUGGCAAACGCUCGCGCGGCGCACUCUGUCAGGGAAAAAAACCGUGCCCUUGUGAAAAACAAUUGCCAGCGACAGUUGGUGUAAAAGCGUGCAUUUGGGCGUGAAGCGCGCCGUCUGCAAGUAAAUGGUCAAUUGUCGGCGACAAAAAUCAUCAACAACAGUAGUGUGACGUGUGAUGAUAUAUACAUGUCCCUGAAAAUGAUGCAUUUCCGCUGGUAAUGAUUACCGGGAAAUAUGAUAUGCAUAUUGGAUUACGUCUCGUCGGCUGGAUCAUUGCGGCACUACCAGCCGAAAUAAUGCGCGGCAUUUAAUGAUAUUCUUACCCAAAAAAAUGCCCUUAUCAUCAACUGGUGCAGUGAUUCGUGGAUGGCGAUUUCUGCCAGGUUAAAUUCUACUGAUCGUAUUCAAGUGUUGCCAGCGGCCAUCCUACCAACGCGGGAAUGAUGUCGACCGUGCAAGAUGCUCGACGGGCGUUGGUGAUUCUGGAGAACAUCCAGAAGAAGCUGCGCGCCUCCAACCGCCUGCAGGUGGACGGCGAGCUGAAUAAGCUGAUCGGGGUGCUGGAGAGCCCGGUGUUCCGGGGACUGCUGCAGCUGCAGGACAGCAUCACGCAGAUCAACCACCGGAAUGGUCUGCACGAGGACAGCGUCGGCGUGGAUGAGGUCGGCAAUGUGACCGUCAAACCGCCGCUGAUGCACACCACCGACACGUUCGAACGGGAACUGGUAUGGACUCCUCCACCGCAUCAGCAGUCCUUCCGCGUGGAGAACGGCGACCGCUUCCCGGAACUCAGCAGUCUGACCUGUGUGCGCCAGAAUCCCCAAUUACUGCAUGUCUUGGAGGAGUACUUUCGUGAUGCGAAACGGCACGGGCAGGAUAUUGUCGUGGCACGCCUGGAGAAGCGGGAGGGCCGCAGUCUGGGCUUCUCCGUGGCCGGGAUGCGGGUGGAGGGUGGCGAGUACGGGAUCUUCGUGCAGGAUAUCCAACCGGAGAGUCCUGCUGCUCUAAAUGGGCGACUGCGCGAAGGUGACCAGAUCGUGGCGAUCAACGGUGUGUGCAUUGUGGACAGUCAUGCGCCGGUAUCGCACCAGGACGCCGUGAGUCUACUGCAGCGUGCCAGCGGACUGGUGGAACUGGUACUGGCCCGCAACAGCGCCAACGCCGCCCUGUUCCAGAAACAGCCCGCCGCUGCUGCGACGGCGACUGCUACCCCUGUGCCGGUGGUGGGCAACCACUACGCCAACACCCUGACCAACGGACCGGCGGCGCUGGCUCACAAGUCCGCCGUCCUGCAGGCUGCCGCCGACCACCACGUCCCCGUCUCCGCAUCCUCAUCGUCCACGUUCCAGUCUUCCAGAGACUCCUGGCAGUCAUUCCAGGACGACAGUAUGGUGUUAAACAGCGAAUGGGCCCAGGUGGAGGUGAUCGACCUGCUGAACGACGGCAGCGGUCUGGGCUUCGGGAUCACCGGCGGGCGCAGCACCGGCGUGGUAAUUAAGACCAUCCUCCCGGGGAGUGUGGCGCACCGCGAUGGCCGGCUGCGCCUAUCCGACCACAUCCUCUUCUGCAACGCCGUGGCCUUACGCGGGAUGGGCAGUGACCAGGUGGCCGCCGUCCUGCGCCAGACACCCGACGCGGUCCGCCUCAUUGUCGCCCGCAACACCGAGCUCGUCCCGGAACACGAGGGCUUCCAGUCCGAUGCCGGCGUCUACCUCAUCCGAUCGGCUGAUGUGCACGAUCAGUACACUCUGGAGAGAAUCCUGGGCAUCCGGAUAACGGCCGUGCCGGCGGAGGAGACGACGACGACGGUGGUGGUGGACGAGGAGAUUGCCGUCGUGCAGUCGUCGGACGCGGUCAACUACGACUACGAGAACAUUCCGCCGCCGUCCUACCGCACCGUCUUCCACAAGGAACAGGUCGUCACCACCAAGGCAACCCCGCUCACCUCCCCCGCGCCCUCCGCCGCCAGCUACCAAACCUUUGCUCAAAAUGUCACGGUUGUCACGGACCAUGUUGCUCCCACGCCACGACGGCCAUCUUCGACACAUUCCCGUGAGAGCCUGCACGUCGUUCCCGAACGGGAGAGCGAGCAGGUGACGACGAUGAUGGCCAUUGAGCGGCGCGUGUCCGCGCACAUCACCACGCCCGUCGUGGACGAGGAGGAGCCGUUGUACGAUCAGACGGAGUUCGACGACGAGAUGGACAGCUUCGAGGUGGAGCUGACCAAGGACCAGAAGGGACUGGGCAUCACCAUUGCCGGCUUCGUGGGCGGACAAGAUGAGAUUUCUGGCAUUUUCGUCAAAAGUAUCGCCGAAGGCAGUGCAGCUGACAUCGAUGGACGGAUCCGCAUUCACGAUCAGAUUGUACAAGUGGAUGGUGCACGAUUAGAAGGCUUCAGCAAUCACGAUGCAGUGCAGCUGCUGCGCAAUACCGGCCAAGUGAUCCGGCUGAAAUUGGUUCGUUAUCUACGCGGCCGGAAGCGCGAUCAGCUGGAGCAGUAUUUCUUGGAAGAGGACGCUUCUCUUGCCCCGCCCAACGCUGUGAUGAUGACGGACCGGCACAGUAGCAGUCUGUCGCCGCCACUGGUGGGCAGUGCCACUCCCAGCCCGUCCGCCGAGCCCCUCCUGCACCCGCCGCCGGACUCGGACGCCGCCAUUAUGUCGCGCUGGCGCAAAAUCCUCGGCUCCGAGUUCCAGAUCAUCGUGGCCCACCUGCUCAAACAGAAGGAGGCCGCCGGGCUAGGCAUCUCCCUGGAGGGCACCGUCGACGUGGAGGGCGGCCGGGAUGUCCGGCCGCAUCACUACCUGCGCUCCAUCCAUCCCGAUGGACCUGUUGGAUGCAGUCAAAAAUUCCUGGCAGGUGAUGAACUGCUGGAAGUCAACGGUAUCCGUCUCUUCGGCGUGUCCCACAAAGACUGCGUGGUCAUCCUGAAAGAAUUGCCCCUCCACGUGCGGAUGGUGUGUGCCCGGCGGAAGAAGGGCGUUAAGCGCACCGCCACGCCCGAGGGCGGUGGGGAGCUGGACGGGCUCCCCUCCAACCACGUCGGGGGCCUGGGAGUGCCGGGCAGCGACCGGCUGGUCAAGGCCAAAUCCGACGGCUCUCUGGCCAUCGCCGCCCCGCCCGCCAGCCCCCCGGGGAUUGACCAGCUGCAGAAGUUGAUCCGCUCCCGCUCCCUGGAGCCGCUGGCGGGUUUAGUGAUGUGGAGUAACGAGGCGACGGUCAUCGAGUUGAAUAAGGGCGACCGCGGACUGGGCUUCUCCAUUCUGGACUAUCAGGAUCCGAUGAAUCCGGAGGAGAGUGUCAUUGUGAUUCGGAGUCUGGUGCCGGGCGGAGUGGCCCAGCUGGAUGGACGUUUACGUCCGGGCGACCGUCUUUUAUGGGUCAACGACAUCAAUCUGGAGAACGCCGUGUUGGAGCGCGCCGUGGAAGUACUGAAAGGCGCGCCCAAAGGCAUCGUCCGCAUCGGCGUGGCCAAACCGCUGCCCAUCACCGAUACCUCCAUCCUCAAUGGCCACUACGCGAUGGGUGAGAGUCAGAUAAUACAUCCGGAAGGCGCUGAUACGUUUUUGAUGGCAGCGUCCGCGGACGACAAGGAGAACACGCCGCAGCCGGUGGUCACCAACGGUGGUAUCAGCGGGAUUCAUGAGGAUAUUGCGCGGCAUUAUUACCGGUCCGCGACGACCGCGAGUACAGAAUAUGGACUGCGGGAAAAUACGGGAAUAAACCUGAAUGCGGCGUCCACCACCGCGACGGGAGCGACAGCCGUCAGUGCUGCUUAUCAGUACCAUUCCUCCUCCGCCACCGCCCCCUUCAUGUCGCCCUCCUCCCGCACCUCCACCCCGCUACAGUCGCCCCGCUGGUCGCCCAUGACCUCGCCCAGUCUCCUGCCCGGCUCCUGGGGAUCCGAUGUGCCUUAUCUGCCGCCGACGCUGGAGAAGACCAUUAAAGUUAAUAAUCAAGUGCUUUCACUGGGCCUGGAGGUGGAUGUGGUGGAGAAGGGCAUGAACGGGUGCGUGGUACGGCGUAUUGAGCCCAACAGUGCUCUGCACAGCGACAAGCGCCUGCAGCCCGGUGAUUAUGUGACCAGUAUUCAUCACGAAUCCUUACGGCGGGUGGUGAAGGCGCAGGCGCACGCCAUUAUCCGACGGGCUUCCCUCCUUCAAGGUGAUAUCAGCAUCACGUACAUUCCGGCAGCGGAUGCGGCGCACUACCGCCAGAUGCAGCCCUCCCUGGCCAACGUUAACCAGAUCGUCGACGCCGAACUGGAUACCGGCAAUCUUCCUGACCAAACUUCACCGCGGAUCUUUCCAAAGUAUUAUCGCUCGCCGUUUUUCAUGCAACGCCAAAUGCAGUUAGCGCACGUGGAGCCCAUUCCAGAGAAGAGCAGUCCGCUGUCCUCGCGCGACAGCAGUCCCCUUCCGCCGCCCUCCCCGCCGCCCCCGGACGACGACACCCUGGGCAGUGUCCCUCCUUCCCCGGAGAAAUCCCUGCCCCUCCCGCCUCCCCCGCCGCCGCUGUCGGUCUUAACGGAGACGGACACCAAGGUGGCCGACGCCACCUCCGCCGCCGCGACGUCUUCCACGCCGCUGAGUGCCUUACGCCACUGGGGCCCGCCCCGGGUGGUCAAGCUCGAGCGCGAGCCCAACCGCAGUCUGGGCAUCAGUAUUGUCGGCGGCAAGGUGGAGAUCUCCAACUCCCAGGGCGCCGAGACCACCAUCACCGGCAUCUUUAUCAAGCAGGUGCUGGCCGGCAGUCCGGCUGGCCGUGAAGGAACUCUGAAGACAGGAGACAGGAUUUUAGAGGUGGCGGGUGUCGAUCUGCGCGACGCCACCCACGAGCACGCCGUGGACGUGAUCCGCAGCGCCGAAUCGCCGGUGACCUUUCUUGUCCAGAGCCUGGUCAGUGCCAGCGUAGCCAAACGGCACGCGCAACUGCAGCAGCAGUCCACGCAGCCAUCACAGGAUGAGUCGAGCUCCUCCACCGCCAGCCAACCCGGCAGCGGCACUUCCGCGCCUUCCCUGACCACCUCCGGGACACUGGCCACGUCCGUCUCGGAAGACCACGCAGAUGAAGAGAAGUUGCAGCGGGAACGCAGCAAUUCCAUUCCGUCGAGCACCGCCUCCGAACCGGUGCAGCGGCUGCGCUCGGAGACGAAGAGCAUCUCCAAAGAGUCCUCGGAAGAGUCCUCGGAUAGCUCCGGAAAGGGCAUCCAUCAGAAAUACGGGGAUCUCGGUCCGGGCGAGCUGAUCGAAGUGGAGAUCCCCCGCGGUUCCACCGGCCUGGGUCUGUCGUUGGUGGGCAACAAGGACCGCCAAAAGAUGUCCGUCUUCGUUCUCGGUGUCCAUGAAGACAAUACGGCGGCAAGGGAUGCCCGCAUCCAAGUGGGCGAUGAAAUCCUCGAGGUGAACAAUCUGGUGAUCGCCGGUCGCAGCCACUUGAACGCCAGCGCCAUGAUAAAGGGCUUAAAAGACCCGUCCUACCGCAUCGUCUUGCUGCGCCGUCCCGAGGCCGUCCACGACAUGGCCCUGCCGCCGGGCAGCCACACGCAGUUCCUGGCCACGCCCCAUUCACCCACCGAAGCCCCUGCCUCCACAGCACUCACGCCGCACAACGAGACCGCGCAUCCGUUGGGUAACCGCAAACGCUCGUCCUUAGUGCCGCCGUCUGACGAUUUUGUGGCUGCGCAUAAACACGAAGCGAAGAAGGAGGAGGUGGUGAUUCCUGCCAAAGCGACACAGGAGACGGCACCACAUCCGACUGGACCGGUUAUCAAGACAGCGCGAUUGUUUAAGGGUGCCGCUGGACUGGGCUUCGGCGUGUCGCAGGGACACGAGCACAUCAAAGAGGGCAUCUUCGUCAAGACCAUCACGGAGCACGGCGUCGCGCACCAGGAGGGAACGCUGCAAGUUGGCGACCAGAUUAUCUCGGUGAACGGGGAGAACCUGGUGGGGCAGGACUACAACCGCGCCCUGAACAUCCUGUGCCGCGCCGACAAAGACAUCCACCUGACCGUCUCCCGCUUCUCCACCCUCGCUGCCCCCCUCCCGCCCUCCCUGACCCCCUCGCCGCAACCCUCCGCCCACGACCAAGAGAUCACUGUCGACAUUCACCGCAAAUCCAACACCGGACUGGGACUGAAGCUGUCCGUUCUCCCGCUGGAGACGGCGCCGUUGGUGGUGCGGGAGAUCUAUCCGGAAGGGUGUGCCGGGAUGGACGGGCGCCUGAAGGUGGGCGAUCGGUUGCUGUGGAUCAACGAAGUGGAUGUCCGGCACUGUAACAGCGUGGACGUGGCCAUGGGUGCGCUGGUCAGUGCAGUGGGCGAGAAGCUGACGAUCAAGGUGCUAAGGGACGGGGAGACGCUGGGCGACGAGGAUCUCUACCAGACCAUGGAGGUCGAGCUUGUGAAACGAUUAGGCAAAGGACUGGGGUUGUCCAUCGUCACGCACGGGGCCGAGCCGGGCGUGUACAUUUCGGAAGUGGUGAAGGGCGGUGAGAGCGAGGGCCGGCUGCUGCCCCAGGACCAGAUCCUGGAGGUCAACGGGCAGGAUCUGCGGCGCAGCAGCCAGGAGAUGGCGGCCACCGUGCUGAAGGCGGCGCCACUGGGCAAGGUGCAUUUGAAGAUCCGCCGGCUAAGAACCGGCAUCACCAAGGGGAAUAAAGCGCGCCGCUCCAGCUCCGUCGGCAACGAGAAGAAGCCGCACGGGAAGCGCGAGAAAAAGACCAGCGAGGCCGUGUCCACGUCGUCGCCCACCCUCGACAAGGCCAGUGUCGCCUCCACCACCACCGGGGGACCGGUCACGCCGGGGGCCACCAAAAAGACCGCGUCGCCAGCGCCACAGCCGACGGAGGGCGUGGUGAACAUUGACUUUUACAAGCAGGGCAGCGACCCGUUGGGCUUCCAGCUCUCGGGGCCGAAGGGCGCGUUGGUGUUCGGGAAGAUCGCCGGCAGUUCGCCGGCCUUCAGUCUGGCGCAGCCGGGCGACCGUCUCGUGGCGUUGAACGGCGCCAGCGUGGAGAUGAUGACGCAGGGCGAAAUCAACGCCCAACUCAAACAGCUCAGCGGCAAGAUCUCCAUGGUCCUCUUCCGCGGCGGCGAGGCCCCGCCCCCCAUCACCCCCGCCACGCCCGACGUCAAGAACGCCACACCCGCCGCCAAAACACCCACGCAGCCCGAGUGUCGGACGAUCGUACUGCAGCGUGGACAGGAUGGUCUCGGCUUUUCUAUCGUACGUGGUAUCUCGUAGUGCUAAUGUGCUAUUAACGGAUUUUAUUGAGCCACUAGCAACUCUAACAGUGGUUGCUUUUCUUUGCGGGAACACCCUGUCAACGGUAGAAUAAUGCGACAUGUAUUUGUGGCACAGUUCGGAUGGAUGUUGUCGUAGUGUAGCGGCUCAUAAUAUUCGUCUUGCCCAUUUAUAAUUAUGGGACACAAAUAUAAAUAUGCAAACGAAGAUAAGUACUUUUUUCACGUCACAGCCUAAGUUGAGUCAUACGGAGGCAUCCAAUAAACAGUAGCUUAUCUUGCAAGGCUAAGCUGUUAACUUUGGGAGCCCCUUUGCGUACCGCCAUCAUUUAAAUUAUAUAACAACAACAAAUUCAUCAAAUUGGUUAAUUUAAAACUAUUAUUAAGAGUAAAUUAUUAUGUCAUACAGAAAUGUUAGGAAAACUUCAAAACAAAAGUAAAUAAGAUAAAUUAUAGAAUAGCACGCGAUGCGCUUAUGCUG